AUGGACAUGGAUCUCUAUGAUGCGCUACCUAACGACUCGCUCGACUCGCUACCAUACACGGCACCUGUGUCAGUGGCAGAUAAUGGGCCCUCCGAAUCUGAACUUGAUUUAUCUGAGCUUCUGAAUAAAACGAUCGGCGACUGCAUGUUUGAGUUCGACGAAGGCCCUUUGGACUUGUUCGCAGAACUCAAGGUGAUCAUUGCUUCAGGAGAAGUACCCUUCUCGACGCCACUUGCCCCAAUCAACGACGAGCGAGACCUUUCUGAUGACAGUACACCUGAUUUUGGGAUAGAGCUCCCUGAUGAUAUCUACGAAAGAACGAACAUCAAGGACACAGUUUCGCUGGACAAUCCCACAUAUCCCUGGCCAUCAAAAUCGCAUUUCGUGACCUCCCUCCUUUUCGGCUCUCCGUGUCUCCCAUUUUCUGAUGCCCAGAAGAGGGCAGUCCUCAGUUGGGCACAAGAGCUCAGCGCUCGAGAUGUCCCCUCACGUGGCGCCAUCAAGAAAUCCCAUAAAUAUCUGGAUAGUCUUGUUGGCGAUCCGACGGAGAAGGUGACAGCUCGAUCUGGGAAUGUAUUUUACAUCAAUGAUGAUUAUGGAAAUCCGCUGACUCAUUUUGCAAUGCAAAACUAUCCAGAAGAUAGCGGGGAGGGAAUGUCGCAAGUAUUCAAUGGCAAGAAGAUGUUGCUUGAUCUGCCCUCACUGCCCGCAGCUCGUGUGGAUGGAAUGAUUUAUUUCACAGGUGAACUAUUACAGGAUGAUUCUGGAGGGUAUUUUAUACCGGAACACUUCUUUCAUGCCUCGCUGCCUGCAGAUUCGAGUGACGACGACUCUGACCCAUCCGAGCAGUCAGAUGACAAGGCAUUAUAUGCACUUGGUCGGGUGGUUGAACAAACAGAGGCUGGAUUUAACAUUAACGAGCAACAAGAGAUCAUUCCGACAUCCAUGUUUAUGCGAUCGUUUGAAGAGAUUGCCGCAAUUCCAGGCAAGCUUGACUGUGGCCUUACACUGACUCGCUACUUAUACAAUAUAACAGCUUCAUCAGUAAAAUAUGCAUCUCUUGCUCCGAAUCCACUGCGUGUGAAGUCUAACGGCCGGAUGGUCCAUACAGUUCCCCUCCUCAUUUUUAUGGAUGAUGUUUCUGGCAAUGUCUCAAAGCAAUGGAACAAACACCAUGCAAUUUAUAUGUCAAACGCCAACCUACCGCGCGAGAUGCUCGAGAAGGAAUUUUUUGUGCGAUUUGUCACAUCAUCACCGCAUGCUGCUCCCAUGGAACUUAUGCGAGCCAUGAAAGAAUCUAUAUGUAACACUGCUGAAUCAGGUAUAAUCGCCUGGGAUUGCAAAUACAAUGAAGAGGUUAUGUUGGUUCCGUACGCGCUUUUCCUUGCUGGAGACAACCCCAUGCAAGCAGAAGAAUGUAGCCAUGCCGGCUUAAACUGCAAUUACUUUUGCAGGACUUGUGAUAUUGGCAGGAUGAAAGAGCAUAAGGUGUCUGGUGACGGGUACAGAAGCCUUUUUAUGUCAGGCAAUCUACGAACUCCUGAAAAUACGACGGCAGAGAUCCGAAAACAGUUCGAGAUCGCAUUGAAGUCAGGAGUGUCAGAGAAGAUCAAUAAUUUAGUAUCGUUGACUGGUGUUCGUGAUUCCGCUUCUGGUUCAAUCCUCAAUGUGUUAGUAGAACUCAGGAAGAAACUUCGAAAGCGUGCAGCUGGCACCCAGGCAAUGCCUGAAGCUGAAGUUGCAGCUGUCCUCGAGAAAGAGUUCGCAGAACUUUUGCAAGGCAACAAGCUCGACAACGCUAUUAACCCAUUGUUAGGGAUGGAAGGCCUCGAUAUGCACAUGGACACUCCAACAGAAAUUCUGCACACAAUACUGCUUGGGCAAACCGUGUUUUUGCUCGACAAGGCAAAGCUCAUGGGUGUCUUUCAGGUCCGUCUUGAGUCUGUUGAUAAGGACAGACUCAAUGCUCCGUGCUUGAAUGCAGACUACGUCUGCCAUUAUAAAGGCAGUCUGAUAGGAAAACAUUUUAAAAGCUUGGCGCAAGUGAUGCCAUUUUUGAUUUAUGAUAUCGUCCCUUCGACUGUUCUCAACACAUGGACUGUAAUAGGAGAGCUCAUCGUACUCGUCUGGCACACAAAUAUUGUGAAUACGGAAGCUUAUCUUGCAAAGCUGUCUCGAACGAUUCAAAAUUUUCUUAACAUCACAGCAGUCAAGCCCAAAUUUCAUUUCUUAGUCCAUCUCCCGGCAUAUAUUCGGCGUUUUGGACCAGCAGUGAUAUUUUCAACAGAACGAUACGAGUCCUUUAACCAUGUAUUUCGUUUGUCAUGUGUAUACAUAUUCGCUCAUCAAGAUAUCAUCAAGCAUAUUGUCACUGGCGGGUACUGGUAUGAUAACAAAGUCUCGAAAUGGGUCUGGGGAGGAGUGCAAAUUCUAGGGUAUCUCGAUGAACACCCAGAGCAAGCACGAUUACUCGGGUUAUCAGUCUUUAAUUGCAACACUCCAGUACCUGGUUCCGGAAAGCUCAGACUUCUCUUCGCGCUCACGGAAAAAUGGCAAGAACGAUGCAGUGGCCUGGAAAGAAAUCCUGGCAUUGCCUAUUAUCAAGGCAAAUCACUUGUAGCGAGAGAAGGGGACGUCGCAUAUCUGAAUAGUCAUGUUAUCUUCCGUCGAGCGGCAGAUGAACAGACGUGUGUUGGACGUAUUCGCGAGAUCCUCAUAUCAUCCGAGGAUCCAAACACUGUUGUUCAUGUUGGACUCCAGCUCUUUUCAUUCGCAGACACUUUGCAUGCUUCCGUCCAUCUACCCUGUCUGAACCUGACUGACAACAAGGUUGUCACAACGGCGAUGGAUAUCAUAUGCAUCAUUAAUCUCCAGCACAACUGUGUUGAUUCACAGUGUAAAGACACUGUCCAGCAACCCGUGCGCCAAGAACAGCUUGAAACUUCUUGCACGAAACCUAUCGUUCAGCACAAGUCAACCCCACACUACUUUGUCAAUGCCUACUCUAUUCAUAAUUAUGAUCAUAUCAAUCUUGUAAUCCCCGAGAUGCUCCGUGAAUCACCGCUCAGAGUUACGAAUGUGGCAGAGGUUCGGGAAAUAGCCGUACAACAAAUGAAGCAGAAGAAGGCUUCGAAAAAAUCUGGUGACACACCCCAACUAGAUGACCAUAUAGAACACGAUACCCAGAUCCCUCUGGUGGCAGCUCCCACCUUCGAUCGGGCCCCUCCCAAGUCAAAGACAGCCGCAAAAUCAAAGGCAAAGGCAGCCACUUCCGGGGCACGAAGGAAGGCAGCAACAUCAAAGACUGGUCAAGCGAUUGCCAGAUCCUCUAGCCAGCUUCCAUCCGCUCAGCAAGGUUCAAUGGUUCAUAUUAUAGAUCACCAAAAUCAAGCCCACUUUGCGCCGCCACCAGUAUUCCCUCCCUCCCAGUACUACCACCCUCCUGACCAUUCACAACUUCCUCCACCACAGUUAUAUGAUCCGCCGCCACCAGCUCUGUAUCUUCACCCGGGGAGCUCACAGCUCCAUCAUGAGGCUAUAGAAAGGUCAUAUACCAGCUAUAACAUGUACCAAAAUCCAUCUGGGCCAUAUCUGCAGCAGCAGCAGCAACAACAACAACAGUGCCUGCACUCCAAUCUGCACCCACACCUGCACUUACAUCCACACCCGGAGCAGCACCAGUACCAGCACCAGCAACAGCACCUGCACUCUCAUCCGCACCCACACCCGCAGCACCUGUACUCUCAUCCGCACCCACACCCGCAGCACCUGUACUCUCAUCCGCAGCAGCAACAGCAGCAGCAGCAACAGCAACAGCAACAGCAGCAGUAACAGUGCCUGCUUCCGCUACCGCGACAAGCCUUAAUCCCCUUCUCACCCUUAGAGGUGCUGCACCGGGUGGAGG